CCGUGGAGGAGGCGGGCCCUCGUUUGAGGAGCGCGAACGGUUGAGAAUUUACGAGGGCGAGAAAAUGGCGAACACCGAGCAACUGCGAUAGUGAACUUAACUUGAAUACGUUUUCGUGGCAGUAACGUAAAUAAAGUGCAAUUAUUUCAUACGGACUAUGUUGAACGACAAACGUGGAACAUGUGAACCUGUAAUGGAAGAAAAUGUACCGUUAUGUCAAAGUGAGUCGUGGUAACGAAGAUGCUAGCGGGCUAGAAGAAGCGUCAACAUUCGUUUCUCGAAAAUGUCAUUUCCACUAAAUGGCGGACAUAUUCGUACAAGGAAUGGAUUUACUUGAAUUGUGACGCUGGGUACAGUUUUAUUGUGACUUGUUUUAAUGGCGUGUCGUCGAAGAUAAUAGCCAGGCGCUGUUUGUUUGACGGAAUGGCUGUACACAACCUCGUUUUUGUUGUCGAUGUGGAUUACGGAGAUCAACACUCAAGCGAUCGUCUGGAAGUCAGGAAUGAUCUCUUGAAACGAGGGCUUCUGCACAUUUUGCUGCACUUCGGCUACAAGUAUGGCUUCGACAAAGUGCGCUGGGGUUACAAAUUCUUCCAGUCGAAAACUGGCCGCGGUGCCAGCCUCAUAACGAGGGGCUCGGACUUCAAGGAGCUUCGCCACAAAACAUUCGAGGACUUCAAAUUAGAAUUCGAUGCAAAGCUGGACGGCAAAGAGAAACUUUGCGCGUCCCAGCAGUGCAGCCAGUCUGCCUCCGUGCAAAACGCCGUCAAAGAAAUCCUGCUCGACUUCCAAUGGGACCGUCCAGACAUCACCUCUCCCACCAAACUGUCCCUGAGGCCCAGGAAGACGAAGCAAGCUGGCAAGCCUACAUUACCGGAGGAGGACCACCUUGCAAGCCAGGGCAGAAAUGUGGUGUUUAUUGUGUCAGAAUGUCCACGAAGCUGGACGCAACUGAUGGACUACCUCUGCGUGGGGAACCUUGACAUCCAUGCGGAUGUGUCCGAACACAUUCUGUCCAAAAGUAUCCAGGACAUGCUGCUGCAGAGGCAGGUUGUGCUGCACUGGGUGGACAGCACGUUGCACGUUCAUGACAUGCAAUGUGGGGACCACCUGGGCUUUGACAAGUUUACCCAGGUCCUGGCACAGGCGUGCGGCAAAGUGAUCCCCACGGUGGCCCUGUUGAACCGCUGCUGCACUGGGAAAACGGAAAACGGCAUCGGGAGAGAGAGUUUCCCAUUCCGGUCCAGUCUUGGAUAUUUGCUGUCGUCUGAAAGGGAGUACCGCCUUGCUUUCCCUGUCUCAGAAGGCACUCUGCGGAUGGACCAAGGUGAUGUUGCCCAGAGCUGUGCUGUGACUUUAGAACCGGUGUCCCGCAGACAGGGGCCACUCACCCAGGGCGUGGAUGUGCAUCUGAAUGGUGUGCUGCAGGGUUGGGAUUCCUCGUCACUGUCGCUCACCUCCACAGAGUCAUGGCUGCUUCAGUGCGCCGACACCAGCGAGCAAGCAGCUGCUUCCUUCAAGCGCACCCUAACGGAGCUGUCUACGCAUUCGCUGCAAAUGUUUGGUGAGGUGUGCCAUAGAGGCCAGUCGUCCUCGGCGGUCCUCUUCCCCUUGGCCAACUUUUCUGCUCUGCUCACUGUCCUCCAGCCUGCUAUCACUCAGCACCCUCACCUUCACAACACAGAGAUCAUUUCCACUACCAGCACAGCUGAGAUGUCAGCUGACGUACCCGAAAUAGUCAGCAGUGUGCUGGGCGUCGUAUAUGACAUGAUGGAGCAAGAUAAUGACGGCACUGAUGAGCAGCCAAAUGGUCCUUAUGUGGUUCCCGAGUGGGCCCAGCAGGAACUUGGUCAUUGCUCACCAAGAGUGGGAUUGCUGGAGACUUGGUUCCCUCAUUCGGAUCACUCGGGAGUCACUUCCCAUUUAAUGGAGUCAUUAAGGUUGCUCCAUGCGGCACCUGACCAACAAGAGGAGGAGGAGUUUCUCUCGCAGGCAGAACUGAUCAGUGAGCUGGGAGAUCUGUAUCAGGCAUCGAACGGUAACGAUAACAAGAGGGGCAAGAAACGAGGCACACAGCGUACUCCAGUGAAGCAGAAGAUGAAGACCAUGAGCCGCUCGUUGCAGAUGCUGAACGUGGCGCGGCUCAACGUGAAGGCCCAGAAGAGCCAGGCUGACGCGGAGCCAGCGACGUCGGAGAGCAAAGGUGCAGAGAGACCGGUGAAGAGACGCUCGAGCGACAAGAACAAAGCCAGGCGAGCUGACGUCAUCACCUUCACCAGUGAAGCUGAGCUGCUGUUUCACGUGCAGUCCACUUAUGAGAAGAGCAUAGCAGACAGAAACUCAUCUCUUCUCAGUGGUUGUCAACAGCUUCUGACAGCUGUGCAAACUUUCCUUGUGGCAGAAUCCGAGCUGCAGGUCAAGACACUUGAGUUUUCCAAACAGCACCUACUCAAGAGUAGCAGAUCCAUGAGGCAGGGUUACGGCACCACUGCUGAUGUGGAGAGCAAAGUUAGAGAAUGUCAGCUCCAGGCGCUGCUCAGGUUGGAGCUAUGCAGACCUUUCUCCUCGGGGGAGGUUGAUGCGCUGCAUGCUGAGCAGAUGGCAGAGGAGGUGGCUGAAAUGCUCAGAAUUAUAUCCCUAACAAAAGACCCAGUGUGCCUCGCUAGGUUCCUUGAGGAUGAAGUCCUGCCAGUGUUCUUGUCAGCCAUCCCGAGAGUCCUCGCUGACAUUUACCACAGCCUGGGUACGCAGCUCCCCGAGGCCUUGGUAGCCGUCCUUCCUACGGACUUCUUCAGUGACGAGUCGGUCACCAAGGACAGCGUUUCUCCUUCAGACUCCUCGCCCCGCCUCUCUGCACACAGCUCGCUUUCUAACUGCAGCGAUCGCCUGCAGGACCUACGGAAUCGCUCUGCUAACAAGAGGAGGGGCGGGAUGCUGACUCGUCAUCGCAGUAUGACUGAAUCCUCACAGAGUCUACGUCAGAUAGAGAUGCCUAAAAAGACAACACGAGCUUCCAAAUCAAAAGUGUGUACAGCUCUGGAAAAAACAGUCGCUAUACCACAACCUCAGAAGCAAGAAACACAUGAAGUUACCAAGGUGAGAAGAAACUUGUUCAACCAAGAGAUUGUGUCUCCAUCAAACAAGGCCAAACUUCCACGGAGCCAGUCUGUGUCUGCAGUGGAGGAACUGAAACGCAAGCGAUCCCACGAGUCGGCUGAGAGGCACAGACUCAUAACAAAAAAAGUGUGUGAGACACCCCACCACAAGCAGGUGUCCAAUCGGCUCCUUUUUCGACAAAAAAUGGGAAGAAGCUCCCUCCCAAAUGAGGAUUGUAUUGUGGAAGAGUCUCCAAUAAAACCAGUAGUAGAGGUCAGAAGGAGCCCGAGGAUGAAGACGUUUGCCAGGAGACACUCGAACACCUUUUAUCCAAGUUCCCAGCCGCGUUCUCGCAACCUGGAGAGGGCGCUCUCCUCCUCCCAGCUUACUCUUAGCGAAGGCAAGAGCAGUGACGUUAACCUCAAAAAAGUUCGAUCUCCCUUGAGGCUUCUUUUUGGGGCCGCUGAGUCUCCCAGACGCCCUUCUACUUCUACAGGGUCGACCCGGACCAGCAGGACUCGGCUGUCGACUGACUCCAGUGUCUUUGAGAGUCCUAAUAAGACUCCGGAAAAGAGACCUGGAAGAUGCGGAAGAGCCAUUUUUGAGAGUCCCAGAACCCCUCGAACACCGGGAACCCCCAAACCUCCAUCUUCUUCCAGGCUGCAUGGUCACCCUUACGCAGAGAGCCCCACUGGACAAUUUGGUAUGGCCCUGAGGGGCAUUCCUUUCAGAUCGCCUGCCAGAAAGAUCUUUGUGGUAGAGACACCCACUAAGCAAAGUCCUCUAAGGGGAAUUCUCAGGACUCCUAUCAAGACUUUGGAAUCUGCCUCUACCUCCGGAUUACAUUCAGCUGCCAGGACUCCCAAAAAGGUGGUCACUUGGUCUCCAUCCCCCCAAAAAUGUAUCGCGUCAGACAAUGCCAUAACUUUCAAGAUGCCCGAAUCGCCUCGCAUUGCAUCUCGUAAUUCACCCAGAUUGUUGAAGAUGCCUAACAAGUUCAACAGCCCUGCAAAACGCGCCAGCAACAAAACUGAGACUUUGAAGACCUCUGAGAAGACCUGUCUAUCACCAUGUACUUCUUUUUGCCAAGUAAGUCUACAAAGGAUUUCACCAACAAGUGUCAUUUUGACACCGGAAAACAACCGACUAGAGAUGGCGCCUUUCCAGUUUUCACCAACACGAGAAUACAGUCCCUUGCCUAAAACCACCACUAGACCUCAGACAAAGUCGCCCAGCCCAGCUCCCCAAGUGGCUACUCGGUCUGGAGGGACACCUGGUAAAAGUCCAAAGACUCCUUCCCAUUGUAAGCGAGCUUUGUCAGCUUCACUGACCCAUACACUUGUGUCUCCAGAAAAGUCACUGAUAAACACAAGGUCUGGUCAAGUUGCUAAAACCACUCGUAAAAACUCAAGAUCCCAGAUUGAUGAUGGUGUUACUGCCAUAUCAAAUACAGAAUUUGCUUUGGUUCUGGAAAGCAACAUGGAGUCAACGGAAGAGAAAAAGGCUGACAGUGUUCAAACGUCUCAAAGUGAGACGAGUUCUCAAUCGGGUUCUCAGCUGUUGGACUCGUCACAGCUCAACUCCGCCACAGACGACAGUAAUGACAUUGUGGAGGCAUCCGUGGUAAAGACGCAGUUUAGCGGCGCCCUCAAGAUGAAUAUUAGCUAUUCCCGCAAGCCUUCAAAAUCUAGUGAAGUCUUUUUGACAGAGGCCACGUCGUCCAAAGCACCAAUGCAGGCACAAGGUACACCCAGUCGCAGCUAUGGCUUCCGGCAGACGCCCGACCGCCAGCAGCGUGAGGCGGCUGCACGUUUGGGCUACGCUAAUGAAUUCCCGAGGUUCUCAACCCCCAGAAGCGCACCCAGGCAUCGGCAGCAAAAAAGCGCAGGUACGCCAAAAUCCACAUCCUAUCAGGUAGAAAUGGAAAUACAAACAUCUGGACUUCCCAAACUCAGAUUCAAACGCACGGACUCCAUGAACGCAAGCGAAUUUGUCACUGAGGACAGUCCUCAACUGGGAACUCAAAGCCCUUUAGUCGCUGUUAAACCUUCUCAGCUGGACAGCUCAUUGGCGUUCUUCCCUAAGAACAGAGAUCCCGGUUGUGUCUCCCCGUCGGUCUGUACCCACGCCACGCCCGGAAAAGGCGGCGUGGUUCAGACCCACAUCUGCCAGUCCUACACCCCGACACGCCAUCCCACUGGAACGUCACCCAUGGCAAUACCAGACAUAUUCCCCCUGUCCCCUUCCCCUCAGAGUGUCGGGAAAGUGACCCCGGACAACCUGAACAGCUGGCCCCGGAGGAAGAGAGCCUACAUGGGUGCGGUUGGAGGUAAAGAUCGCUGCCGGAAGGUCGAUCCGAUGGAGGAGGUGGAACUUGGAGUGAGCAGGUUGUCAGAUGUGGACGACGCCGAUGAGCCUGGGAUCAAAGCCGCGGGUGAAGUUUUGACUUUGAAACAAGCGCGUCCGCCUGGAGGAGACGCAUCUCCUCGCUCUCCUGUGGACAACUGGAUGGCACCUGAUCCUCACCGAGGAGAAGAAGAAGAAAUGAUGUGGACAGCUGCAGGUGGAGACAUCCUGCCCACAGUGACGCCUCCCGGCACAGCGGUGAGGAAGCAGGUCACGGCCAGUGGGAUUCUGGCCCUCACUCGGUCUCCGCUGCUCUUCAAGGGAAAGCCUGGUUCCACAAGCAGGAGAACGCCUUGCUUUAAAGACGAAGUAGCAGCCGAGAGGAGGACGGAAGUGGACGGGGACGUCUCUCCCUUUAGCCAGCCCACCAGACGUUUGUACAGCAGGAAGAGGCUGCUUCACUGACGCGUCCAGAAGGGAAACUCUUAAGAGACUUCGUCCUUUGUCCGUCGAUGCUUUUGAUGGCACUUGCAAAGGAUUUUUGAAGCCAGCACUUCAAACAUGUCGUGCGUGAAUGUCCCUUCUGUUCACCGUUUCGUUUUAAUCUGAUCUAACAUUUGCUGUUUUUAUGUAUUUAAAUUCAAACAUAUUUAUGGACCAAUUGAUUUCAUUUUCAAAAGUGUCUUUCCUGCAAUUUGCCUCUCUCAAAUUAAAAAUCUGGAAUGACUUUUUUGUAAUUUUGUAUAAUUUUUCAGUCAAUUCUGAGCCUCAUUUUGUCAGUGUCCUCUAAAUGUUUAUUUAUUGAUGUUGUUUUUCAAAUGCGAGAACUGAUUUUAAGUCAAAUGUAACUAUUGAAGCUUUUAUUUGUAAUGUAAAUAUUCUACAGUCUUGUAAAUAAAUGCUGGU